CAAUCGCGUUAACCCCGUCAAAGAAGAUACCGAAGAAGAACCAUACAGCGAUAAACAUGGCUGAUACAAAGGGAGCAGAUGAAACUACUCCAGGAGUUUUGCAGGAAAUGUUCACGUCUCCGUUGAAUUUGAGUCUGCUUGGCCUCUGCAUAUUUCUUUUGUACAAAAUCUUCCGCGGAGACACGCCUGCAGAUAUGGGCGAGGUUGAGGAACCUCUGCCUAAAUUCAAGAAAAGAGAUUUCACGUUAGCGGAGCUACAACCGUACGAUGGCCUGCAAAAUCCAAGAAUUCUUAUGUCUGUCAAUUCAAAGGUGUUCGAUGUUACCAGAGGAAAGACAUUCUACGGGCCAGAGGGUCCUUAUGGAGUGUUUGCUGGUAAAGAUGCCUCCAGGGGCCUGGCCACCUUCUGUCUGGAGAAGGAGGCCCUGAAAGAGACCUACGACGACCUCUCGGACCUCAACGCCAUGCAACAGGAAAGCCUCAAUGAAUGGGAGACCCAGUUCAUUCGUGAGUUGAUGCAGGAGUUGGUAGUAGUUGCUACAAAGCACGCACCCACUAAUCACUCAACAGGAAAAGUAUGACUACGUUGGGAAACUUCUGAAACCUGGAGAAGAACCCACAGAGUACACGGAUGACGAGGAGGUCAAGGACAAAAAGAUGGACUAGAACUCACGAGUGCACAAGGGAAAAUACAGAUGCCUUAAUUUUUCAGGAUAAUGUUAUGCAUAUUGCCUUGCGUUGCAGCCAUUGAGCGAAAUGCUUUCUCCUGUAUGGUUUUUGUAUUAUGUCAUUGUCAUGGACCACCUCUUAUGCUAAUUUCAUAUGCCAUUGACCUUCAUUAACCUAAAAUACACUUGAUUUUGGUAAAGGUUAGAAUAAUUAUUGAAUACUAUACUGUCUUUGAAGUUAUACAGGUAGUAUUAGUUGUAAUGUAGAGGCUGUUGGAGGAUCUAUUACUGUAGCUCAGUGUUCAUUCUGGCUCUCUUCUAGAUGGUAAUUUUGACUAAAAUAUUGUCUUAGUCUCGUUUUUGUCAUUUGUAUAAUCAUUAAGUCUAGUUAUUGUCAAUUAUAGAAACAGUUGGCCAUUUUAGUCAACUAAAUGCUCUUUCGUUUUAGUCACAUCACAUUUGUGUGUGUCAACCUAUAGUAAACAUACAUAACUGACUUCCAUGUGUACAAAUCUAUAUAGCCUUGUCCUACCAACAGUUUUCUGCAUAACAUAUUCCCAACAGCAAAAAUAUGACUAAUAUAUGUAACAGUUAUCUGGGUGUGUAAAUUCCUAAUUGAGCCUACAUGAUAUUGAGCAUUGCAUGCAAAACAGACACACACAAGCGCAGAGAGAGUGUGUAACACAAUCACCAGAUGAUGCCGCAAAGUAAUAUGGGUUGGUUGCUCCUCCGUCACUCGGUUGUGUCAUUUCCGUUAUCAACGUUCCACUGCCACAUUGAUGUCCAAAAGUAGAACGGGCUAAUUACUAUUUCACCCAGUGAUUUAGUCAAGUCACUCAACCUCAAGUUGGGAUCGAGUCCGAAUCACCAGUGGUCGAGUCCUGGUCCAAGUGUUCAAGUUUGAGUCACUGGGUCCACAUUAACUCAAAGUUAUUAACCCAGUCAGAUAUAUAGUGUAGUGGCAAGAUGGAUUUAGUCAACUUGUUUGCUACUCAUUUACCAUUAUUUUUGUGCCAUCGACUGUUUGGUAGUGUUACCAGGGCCACUUUCAUUUUCAAAACAUUCUUGAAUGUUACAAAUAGAAGUUCCAUUAGAGUCAACGUUAUUUCUUAUUCAACAUGUCAGAGGCAUUUUUGUUCUACAUAGCCUAUUUUUAUCUGAAUGUUACUGAAUGUUGACCUGCUGGACACGCCCUAAUUUGUUGGCUAUAACUAGGUAUUGAAGUAACAUCACUGAAGGUGUAGCGUUAACAAAUGGUUAAAGGUCUGGUGUGCAAGUAGCCUAGUUUAAGAACGGCCGCUUUGGUUUAAUGAAUGUAAAAUGCCAAUAAACAAUAAAACGUUG